AUGCUUACUAGCUUAGCACAUGAGGAAAAUGACUUCAUUUAUGACGAUGUCUUCGAACACCCGGCGACGAAAAAGACCCUUUCGACCUUGAGACUGGUGAACCAAAUCUGGAAUAGGAUUGCGACUCCUCUCCUUUUUAGGCACAUCCAGGCAGUCGUCGGGUACUCUGCUGGUCGACCUCUCGAUAGCAUCCUGAAGAUUUCUGAAAGCCCACAAGCCAUUUAUGUACGCGACGUGAGUUUUGGUUUCGUGGGAUCAUGGCUGCCCGGACUGGAUUAUGAUCGCUACAUCGACGACCUGGCAGCAGGAGCUCUUCCGGUCUUGAUCAGUCGUUUCCAAAACAUCCAAACACUCAGGUUGCAAACCCCCACUGUGGUGGAUACAUUCAGUGAAGAAGGACAACUCAAGCCACCAAUGCUUGCCAGGCUGACAAGCUCCCUUGUGAACACUUUACGCUUCGUGUCUGUCCCGAGGCUGAAGUGUCUCCAUUUGUCUAUGCCAACCACCGCAGAAUUUGCUCGUUUCUUCGAGUCGAGCGGCUAUGCCAGGGACUUCACCAACAUUUUCGCUCAGAUCGAAGAGCUCCACAUCACUAUUAAUGACAGCACUGGCUCUGACGGCAGAAGAGACCCGAAAUGGCCCCGCUCGGUGAUCAAGACCAAGUAUCCACUCGAUCGAUUUGCUCCAUAUCUCGUCCAGCUCAUCUCCUAUGCAACACGGAUCAAGGUCUUCAGCCUGUAUUCCCGUGCCUGGUUUGAUAUGUCUGAUCUGGAAGCAGAGAGCUUCACAAGACUGAAAAUUUUCCGGCUUGAAGGUGUGAGGAUCAACCAUGAAACCCUCAAGAAGAUUUUCAUACAAGCUCACGAUGAGCUACGUCGCGUUGAAUUGAUCGAGGUUCGGCUCAUGACGGGGUCCUGGGAGAAUGUGUUUGAUGGUCAUCUAGCACUUCCUCCUUGGAAUCUCAUAUGGCUUCGUGUUGAAGGAUGUGGGUACUCGAUGACUGGCGCCAGUGCCCAGCACAACGGUCAUUCAUUCUCACAUUACCCAGCAGCACUCUGGACCGUUCAUAGCCCGGACUGGUUAGCUCUUACAAACUGGAGAUCAUUGGUGAAUACAAACCGUUGCCGUAAAGGAUUACCUAGAUGUUCGUAUUGCCUUUUCCCGCCAUUUCACCAAUCCACGGCCCCUGAUUCGAGGGAUACAUAG